UAUAGCAAAGUUUGAAAUUUUGGGUCGAAGGAGCUGAAGAGCGUAUAACGUCUAUCGAGCUGAACACAAGUAGCCGUUGAUAAAGCAACCCAACAUCCUCUUCUCAUUUUCAAAUUCGCUUUCAGAAUCAAAAAAAUUUCAACACCAAAAUCAUAAAAAUCUCUUUUCCACCACCCUUUCUCAGAUUCUCCGAUCAACAGAGUUUUCAGUGAAGCUACAAAUAUGACGUCAAUGACCCCAGAUCACUCUAAGAAAGUAGGGUUAGGGAUGACAAUCCCAUCUCCAGCUCCAUUUCUAACACCUCGACCCGAACGCCGUCGUCCCGAUUCACGUGGCUCUGAUCGGAACCCUAACCGUCAGGAUAACAAAGAUAAAGAAACCAAUGUUCAAGUUUUACUUCGAUGCAGGCCAUUAAGCGAUGAAGAACAACGAUCGAAUGUUCCGAAGGUGGUGUCGUGUAAUGAAAAUAAAAGGGAAGUGACUGUUAUGCAUACUAUAGCCAACAAACAAGUGGAGAAAGUUUUCAAUUUUGACAAGGUUUUUGGACCGAAAUCACAACAGAGAUCGAUUUACGACCAAGCAAUUGCCCCGAUUGUCAAUGAAGUUCUCGAUGGUUUCAACUGUACUGUCUUUGCUUAUGGACAGACUGGGACUGGUAAAACUUAUACGAUGGAGGGUGGCAUGAAAAAUAAGGGUGGUGAUUUAACUGCUGAGGCUGGUGUUAUUCCGAGAGCAGUUCGUCAAAUUUUUGAUAUUUUGGAAACACAAAAUGCUGACUAUAGCAUGAAAGUCACAUUUCUUGAGCUUUAUAAUGAAGAAAUAACUGAUCUGUUGUCUCCAGAAGACAAUUCUACUAGGCCUAUUGAAGAAAGAGUGAAGAAGCCUGUAGCCCUUAUGGAAGAUGGAAAAGGUAGUGUGUUGUUAAGAGGACUUGAAGAAGAAUCAGUAUAUAGUGUAAAUGAAAUUUAUACUCUGUUGGAACGAGGAGCAUCAAAGAGGCGUACUUCUGAGACAUUGCUUAACAAGAGAAGCAGUCGUUCGCAUUCGGUGUUCACCAUUACUGUCUAUGUGAAAGAAACAGUAAUUGGUGACGAGGAGUUGAUUAAGUGCGGCAAGCUUAAUCUUGUUGAUUUGGCUGGAUCAGAAAAUAUACUACGUUCUGGAGCACGUGAGGGCCGUGCUAGAGAAGCAGGGGAGAUAAACAAGAGCUUACUCACCCUGGGACGUGUGAUAAAUGCGCUUGUGGAGCAUUCUGCGCAUGUACCUUAUAGAGAUAGUAAGCUUACAAGGAUAUUACGAGAUUCCUUAGGAGGGAAAACUAAAACAUGCAUUAUUGCUACUAUUAGUCCGUCUGCUUAUUGUUUGGAAGAAACACUAAGUACCCUAGACUAUGCUAGUAGAGCAAAAAAUAUAAAGAAUAAGCCUGAGGCAAACCAAAAAGUUUCAAAGGCUGUUUUGUUGAAAGACUUGUACUUGGAAAUUGAGAGAAUGAAAGAAGAUGUACGAGCAGCGAGGGAAAAGAAUGGUGUAUAUAUUUCGCAUGAAAGAUUCGCCAAAGAAGAAGCUGAAAAGAAGGAAAGGAGUGAGAAGAUAGAUCAAUUAGAGAAUGACCUCAACCUUAGUCAGAAACAAGUAGACAAAUUCCGCGAGCUCUACUUAACAGAGCAAGAACAGAAACUGGAUUUGGAAUGCGAGCUUAAGGAUUGCAAGGUGAAUUUUGAAAAAACCAGCAAUGACUUGCAUGAUCUUCAAGAGAAUUACAGGCUAGUUGUUUCAAAGUUGAAGGAGAAGGAGUGCACCAUUUCCAAACUACUGAAAUCAGAAAAUGCCUUGAUUGAGCGUGCAAAGGAAAUGUGUACGGAUCUUCAGAAUGCAUCAGAUGAUAUAAAUUUUUUGUCAUCUAAGUUGGAUCACAAAGAAAGGAUGGAGGCAGAAAACAAAAAAAUAAUCGUGAAUUUUGCUUCUCUCUUGAAUGGGAGCUUGAAAGAUUUGCAUACAACCAUUAUAGGAUCUAUUUCUCAACAACAGAAACAACUUAAAUGCAUGGAAGAUCAUGUUUGCUCUCAUCUUGCCAGUAAAAGUGAUGCAGCACAUGCUCUGGAAGCAAGGAUCAAGAAAAUGACAGAAAUUUAUUCAUCAGGAGUUGGGACCUUGAAGGAGCUAGCAAAUACAUUGCACAUGAAAGCUUCAUCUGAUAUGGAACAGAUACAGAAUAAAGUUUCAUCACAGACAUUAGCUGUUGAGAAUUUUCUUGCCACUGUGGUUCUUGAAGCCAAUGAUGUGAUUGACAGCAUCCAUAAUUCUCUUGAUGAGCAAAAACAGCUGGUAGCAUUCUCCACUCAACAACAAGAGGAAGGAUUACAACAAAGUAUUAUUUCAGCACGAGUGGUUUCAGAGGCAACUGUAAAAUUCUUCGACAACAUUAAUAUGCAUUCUUCAAGAGUAAUGAAGAUUGUUGAAGAAACUCAAAAGGAGAGAUUUCACCAAUUGUCAAAUUUUGAGAUGAAGUUCAAGGAAGAGGCUGGAAGAGAUGAGGAGGAGGCCUUGGAGAAAAUUACAGCAAUUUUGGCAAACUUAACAUCUAAGAGAACUGCUAUGGUCUCAGAGGCGUCAAGGAAUAUGCAGGAUGCCAGUGUGCAACAGUCUAAGAGGUUGCAGCUAGAGAUGUUCAACGUGCAGCAAGUUUCUAAAGAUGCUACCAAGGAAGUUAAUGAAUAUGUAGAGAAUGCAAAUAGCCAAUUUGUGAAACAAAUAUUUUCAGUAAACAGUUUUAAAGCUACAAUAGAGGAUUGUCUCCAGGAUUGUUCAAAUACAGUGGACUGUUCCAAGAAGCAGUGGGAAAGUGCCCAGUUGUCCUUCAACAAUUUCCACAAGAACAAUCUUGCAGAGAUAGAAUCUACAGUGAAGAAAAAUAUCUUGACAAACCAUUCUCUGGAUCAAAAAUUUGUGUCUGCGUCAUUAUCUAUGGAUGCUGAUUAUGAUGCAGGAACACACAAUCUGCUGGCAGAUGUGAACGGUGCACUAAUGAUGGACCAUGAGAACAAGAAGGAAAUUGAUUCUAUGACGACACAAUUGUUGGAACAGCUUAGUUCAUUACAAGAUAAGCAUGGUGGAAAUGUAUCGGAUAUCAAUAUUGAAGCAGAAAAGUGCCUUGUUAAAGAUUACUUGGUUGACAAGCAUACAAGUUCAGCAUUGAACAAAAAAGUUGUAUCAGUCCCCAGCCAUGCAUCCAUUGAGGAGAUGAGAACAGAUAUCGUGGAAGACAAUUCCACAGAAAACCGAUUAAAGUGGACCGCCACAGAAAGCAAAAUUCCGCGUCUAACAGAAAAUAGAACUCCAUUUGCAAAUGUUAAUUGAUUAGUUAGACAAACAAACUUGUGCUUAUAUGUAGAGUUUUAUUAUGAGGGUAAGCUCAUCAACUGAUGAGCACCACUUGUUGGUGUGAUGUAAGAACUAAUGAGACUUUCAUGUCAUGUAACUCGUUUUUUUCUUCCUCUCCGUAAAGGGAGAAUAAGUUGUAGUUAAAUCAAAUUCUGGAACUUGUGUAGAAAUGUAUUGGAAAUUUUUCAUAGUUUUUAUUAGUCCAUUUUCUAGAA